UUUUGAAUCAAACGAUACUGUGUGACUGACUGUGCAUAUGCCAAUACAAUUUGACUGUAUGUUUUUAUUAAAGUCGAGUGAAUAGAACACGCGAAUGGCAAAUAGAAAAGAAGUUGCGCAUUAAAAUCGGCGCUUUACAUUGCAUUUGUAAACGGUGACAACGCCAGUCGAAAUUAGUUUUUUAAAGCGAACGAAACUUGUGCGGUGCCAAGCGAAAAUGAUGAACGGCACCAAGCCAGGCGUGGUUCUCAAUUGUCGCACAUGCACCCGUGCAUGUAAACAAUACAAAUCGCUGCAAGAUGAAAUUGAAAUCGGACCGGAGGGCAGCACUACACUCGCCAAUAUGCUGCAAUUCUGCUCCAGUCUGUCGUUCGAGCCGCAAGAUGGAGCUGCAAUGCCCCAACACAUUUGCAUGCAUUGCCUGCAGCUGCUGGAGCAGGCGUUCAACUUCAAGCGCAUGGUAAUUGACUCCGAUGAACUGCUGCGCCUGGGUCUCGAGGAGGUGGACAACAAUGCCAAUGCCAGCGGUAGCAACCAGGAGUAUGUGAUGAUCGAAGUGUUGAGCGAGGAUGCUGAACCGGAUGCAGGCAAACAGGACUCCAGUUUGCACGAGGUUGCAGCGCUUGUCGAAGCGUACAGUGAGCAGGAGCCGGAACAUGAGGAAUUUGUCGUCGAUGAUGUUUGCGUGGAUGCCGAAGAAGAGGUUGGUGCCGAAACAGAAACGGAAGAUGCUAUAGAGCCAAUCAAUGAGUUCCAUGCGGCUGAUAUAGAAUAUGUGACAAUUAAAACCGAAUACGACUCGCAGGUGGAGGACGAAGAUGAAAUCGAGAUUAUAGACUCCCCGCCCAUGGAAACGGUCAGUGAGCAAAUGCAAAUCCAAAUGCUAGACGAUCAAAUGGUCAUGAUGUCAGGCGAGGAGCCCAUCGAUGAGGUAAUUGGCGAAGUCGAAUCUGAGGAUAUUCUGGAUAUCGAGCGUGAGGAGCAUUUGAUUGCUGCUGAUAGCGAGGAGGGAGAAGAAUUUAUGGAAGACUCCGAUUCUCGACUCUCCAUUCCGGUUGUUACUGGACCCCCAGUCGAGGUGCUACCUCACGUUUGUCAUGUGUGCAACAAAGCAUUCCGCCAGCAAUGCCGCCUCAACCAACAUAUGCGCUCCCAUGUGGAUGAGAAGCUCUACACGUGCGAGAUGUGCGGCAAGAAGCUGAAGCACUUGCGCAACCACAAGGAGCACAUGCUAACCCACACGAAUGCCAAACCGCAUCAAUGUUUGGUCUGUGCACGCUUCUAUCGCACCACAUCCAGCCUGGCGGCCCACAUGCGCACGCACGCCGAGGACAAGCCAUAUAAGUGCGAUCAGUGCGGACGCAGCUAUGCGGCCUUCGAUCACCUGCGCCGGCACAAGCUGACGCACACCGGCGAACGUCCGUAUGCGUGUGAUCUGUGUGAUAAGGCGUACUAUGAUUCAUCCUCCCUACGGCAGCACAAGGUCAGCCAUACGGGCGAGAAGGCGUUCACCUGCGAAAUCUGCGGCGUUGGGUUGUCCCAGAAGUCCGGCUAUAAGAAGCACAUGCUGGUGCAUUCCGGCGAAAAGCCGCACAAAUGUCCAAUCUGCGGACGCGCCUUUACCUUCACCAGUAACCUGAAUGCCCACGUGCGCCUACACUCCGGCGAGAAGCCGUUCAAGUGCGACAAAUGCAUGAAGGCAUUCCCAACCAAAAAGCGCCUUAACAGCCAUUUGCGUGUCCACAACAAGGAGACGCCAGUGACUAGCACUACCACCGGCACAAACACCAGCCCCGAUCGUGCCAAUGCCGUGGCGGCGGGCCGUCGCACAGCCGCGAAUAUGCCCGAUGUAACUGACCAGCAGGUGUCCACCUCCAAAGUGGUUGUCGUGCUGUAAAUGCAGUAAGCAAUAAGCCUAGUUCUUACACUUAGAAUAUAGAAACCUACCCACACCUAUCCUAUGUAUAUAGCAACAGAUAAUUUUACUAUGUACACGUACACGUAUACUACACGGACUUGUUCAUCUGGUAUCACAAUUGGUCAACGAUACUGAAACACUGUAAAUUUGCAUUACAACGAAUCGCAGGCUUGAGGAUAAUUAUCGUUCGAGAUCCACAAAUGCUGAUAUAUAUUAUUUCAAACAAACAUUGAUAUUUUUAACGUAAAGCCAUAUUUAAAAAAAAAUAUAUGCCGAUUAGAGGUUUUUUUUUUUUCGUUUUAAAAUUUUUAGUGUAAAUUUCGAAUGGUUAACAAAAUUGUAAAUACAUAUGUGAUUUUUCGGCCGUUCCGCAGCUAAAUCAUACAUUUUGUAUAUUUCCGACACAAUCACAUAUACAUAUAUAUGUAUAUGUACAUAAUUUAUGUAAAUAUAUAUAUAUAUACCUAUAUUCAAAAGGCUGUAAUUACUUGUACUCGAACAGAACGUGUAUGUAUAUAUAAGCAAAAAAAACACAAAAUUAAUAUUAAAAUAAAAAUUUUAUAAAAUCCA